GGCGGAGAAAACAUUUCCGCCAAUACAGAUGCUGUCUGUGUUGCCCAGUACUCAGAUAGCAGGACUUGUCUCUUCACAUUCUCUCAGCUCAACUUUCAAGCUAGAUGGAAACAGCUGCCUCUGGCCAUCAUCUUUGUCCAUAAUUGUGAAAUAGAAUUUUUCCAGCUACCCAAUUCUUUGAAAAAAGUUGUAGGAUUGGAGUUUUUUGUUUGCUUGCUUGCUUUGUUUUGUUUCUUGAGAGAAUGAGAAUUUUCAUAGCCUUUGAGGGAUCUUUUGAACCAUUUGAUGUUGCAACAGAUGAAACUGUGGAAGCUGUCAAGCUGAUGAUAAAGGAUUAUUUCCACAUUCCUCUCUCUGAAGAUGAACAAGGCAGGUGGUAUCUGGAGCUAAUAUAUGCUGGAGCAGCCCUAAAGGACAGCUGGAGUCUUGCUGAUGUUGGAAUAUCUUUUGGUUCAACUCUCAAAUGCUUUGUUAAGGAAGAAGAUAAGCCAACUCUCUAUGUGUUUAAUGCUGUGACCCAAGAGACAAUGCCAAUGAUGGAGAACAUUUCCCUUCUUGGUCAAAAAGUGUCUGAUCUGAGAACCCUGGUAGCUCUGAGAUGUGGCUUCCCUGUGAGUGUCUUCUGUCUCCGGACCCCAGAAGGACUGGAGAUGUAUGAUUGCAACACCCUGAGGGACUACCAGAUAGACAUCGGCACGACACUUCGUUUGGAUGUCUGGGAUGGAUGGAAGGAAUUUCUGAUGGGUUGUCUUCUGGGACAAAAACUUAAAGUGCAACGCUAUUUAUCGAAUGAAGGACCAGUACUCAAGUAUCAGAAAAAGGUAGCCCUGUACAUCGCCGCCUUUUAUGGGUACAUUGAGCUCACUGAAUGGGCCCUGAAGCAGGGUGUGCAGCCCGAAGAGGCUGUGGGUGUUCACCCCUGUCGAGCAUGGUGCCAUGAAGCCCUUCAUGCAGAUGUCUCUAAAUGCCCCAUUCAUGCAGCUGCAGAAAUGGGCCAACUGUUGAUUCUGAAGGCCUUUGUCCACUGCAGCGUGCUGUGCCUGGAAUGCAAAAAUGCAGCAGGACAAAUUCCCCUGACCAUCGCCUUUAAACACAAGCAUAAAGACUGUGUAUUGUAUUUAUUGAGUAAAAUGUGGUCCACAGUUUCUUUUCCGAAAAUUUCAGUCCCCAUGAGGAUUUAUAUUAAAAUAAAACAAUGGGUCCUCAGAGCCCUGAGUCACAACCUUAAUAAAAGCCAGCUUUGCAGAGCAAGGGUCUCUGGGGCAAAAGUCGGAGACACAGUGAUGGUGGAUGGUUUCAGCACACCAAAAAUGACCUCCAAGAGCUGGUACAAGGCUAGGUGCGAGGAUUCACAAAGCACUGUGGCCAAGCUACCGCCUCUCAGGGAAGAAACUGCAAGCCGGAAACCUGUCAAUCCUUUGGCAAAUUCACAGCACGACACAAAACAACAAACCUUGAAAUUGCCUCCGCUGGUAGAUGCAAGUACACUCUCUGAAUUACAAAGACAUCAACAACAGCAUCAGAAAAAAAUUACUGCCGCAGCUAGGAAAAAAGAAAAGCUCAUAAAAAAUACGUAUCUCCCUCAAGUCCCCCUCCCCCCAGUUUCCAGAGUGGGCUACUCACACCCAUCUUUUUACUAUGCAACACCCAAAGCGGACUUUUUACUCAAAUCCUCCUUGGUGUGUUUCUCGGAGCACAGUGGUAAGACUCCAAGGGAGAACGCCAUCUACUGCUUAGCUGUGGCCAGUGCCUUUAAAGAGAAACGAUGGCUUCAGCAGUUAGGAAUAGCAAGAGUUCUAGCCAAAAAGAGCAUUUCUAACCUGACUACACAAGGAGGCCUAACAGCAUGUGAAACUCCUCCUGAAAUUGUGCUUUGAAAAGUCAUGACAACUCCAGUUUGGGCAAAGACCUGAUCCAAUAGAAACUUCAGUUCUCAUAUUAACAUUUCAAGUAACUAAUGCUAUAAUUUCUAAUAACAGUCCUAAUGCUACACAACUAUCAACAGUAUAUUUAGUGUUGAACAUCAUGUUUUCUUGAACUCCAUCACUGUAA